AUGGUGAGCGGGUCUUCGGAUUUGUUCGAGAUCUCCGAGUAUGGCUACACAAGCGACGACGAGGUAUCGGUCCGAGAGGGGCUAUCGAUAGGUGUGGAUUCUCCUACGACAUACGGGUCACCGGCAGAGGCAGCGCGCUGUCGGCCGGCGUCAACUUCUCCGGCGUGUCCAGCGCGACAGACCUCCGGCGGUGAGGUCAUCGUUCGGGACUACAGGUUCAGCGAGUAUGUCGUUCCGCGGCCAGCGACGGGAUCGUUCCGCGGCCUCCGUCGCUGCCGCAUGAGGGAUAAGGUAGAUGGCGUAUGGCGUAUGAUGUGA